AUGCCGAGUCUCAUGGCGUCAAAAAGGAGGACAAGGGUCAAUAAGCCCGUAGAUGUCAAGGAGAGACAGGCAGAUGUAAACCGAAAACUCCAACUCUAUGGCAUCAUCCAUGCUUUCAAGCACGGCAAAGUCCCGUCGAACGAUCAAAUUGAUGUUGCCUUGAACAGCUUCCUCGAGUCGAAGCCACUUUCAAAUCCAUCCAAAAAGCUCUCGGAGGAUGGUCAAACGCUGGUGGCCGAUGUCAGGGAAGUUGUGAGACAAGCAAAGUAUCUCUUACUGUCCAAGAAUAAUGGUAAUCUGCUUCAGGACUUUAUCUGGCAGACACAGCAAUUCGACCCUACGGAGGUGGCUGUCCCUGAAGCGCCCCUGGACAAGGAAAGAAGCCGGCGGCAUAUGAAUCAAGCCCUUGAAGGGCUACGGACUCUGGGUACCCUAAUAAUUUCUAACGGGCAGUUUCGAAAGCUCCUAAAGGAUGCUUCAAUACUUCUGCGCGACAUCGCGGGUGACGCUGCAGUCAAUGCCGCCACCCGGGUUAGACCUAAGACUGAAGACCUCGCUCAACUUGAUGAGCCCGCAGAAGAUAACACUUGGUAUGAUGUUCCCGGUAUCAGCAAAGAUGGUAUCAAGAACAAGCUUCACCAGUUCUAUAACGAUAAAACCAAAGAAAAGGCGAAGGUAGCAACCCUAGAGAGUUUACCCACUACAACCUCCAAUGUCUCCUUGGCUCCAGUCAGCCCGAUGGCUCCAGUGCUCACAGAGGUAAAGGACUCCCAGGAGUCAAGAGGCAGCCGUGUAGAAGGAGCUGCGGGAAGUUCUGUGGUUUCUCGACUCGAAGACGCUGUUGAGCAACAGGGAAAUGCAGAUACUGAACAAUAUGCAAAGGCAAAGAUGAAGGAGAAAAAAAGUGAGUACCGUGAGCGGAUGAAGAAAUAUCUUGCAAGCAAGAUGCCGCAGGAGCGGAGAGAACAGAUUGUUUGGCGACUCAAGAAAAUGAUUAUCGAGUGCCAGCAGCAUCCCGAUUAUCAGCGGGCAAUCCAGACCUUACUAGACCUCUCUAAAGAGUACGGUAACCAUGCUCGUCGAAUGGCAAAAGGAGGCUCCGAAUCGUUAAUGGAUGCUCGUGCUGCCCUGUAUCAAGCAGAGAGGGAUCUCAAGCUCCUGAUCGAGAGGUUUGCAAACGGCACUUCAACCGAUGACUUGUGGGCGUCAAUCAAGACUAUUUACGAGGACGCCGAACAGGACCCUGAACUCAGGUAUUGGUUCAAGGCAAUGAACGAUUACAUCCGCCGGUGUCUCCAGGAGCAAGGCUAUAUUCUUGACGAAGACUCGAAUACUGAGUGGGACCAAUUGUACGAAGAGGGCAACUACCUUCUUCGCGACAAAUACCGCGGGCACACAGAUCGCAUUGUCGACGAGGUCAAGUUCUUGCUCAGCCAGUUUGACGAAGAUCCGCAAAUCAAAGCUUUUGCUGCCUCUUUAUCCAAGCUGUUCAACGAUUUGGGCAACGAUGAAAAGGGGAAGCCAACCUUUAAGCCCCGUCUGGUCAAGGAUCUCACGGAUGUGAUUUUGCCAUCCAUUUUCGAGAAGGUGGCUUACAUCCCGAUCCCUCGAAUUGAAUACUCAGACCCUCAUGUUGACGUCGUCAUUGAGAAUCUCGUCCUCGAAAGCGACAACUUCAUGCCGAACGUUCUCGAGAUUUCUAGUGAAAAUUACUUGCGGUACGGUCGGAAGACCGUAACCAGCAGAAGUCGGCACUCGUUUGAAGUCAAGGUGUCAGGUAUUCAAAUGGACCUAAGGGAUGUCAGCUACUACGUCAAACGCAAACAGGGGUUUCCAUCAAUGACAGAUACAGGCGUGGCGAAUAUGCUACUGGCCGGCGACGGUCUGUCUUUCCGGAUCAAGUUGGUAUCAGCUGAUGAGAAGGACGCACAAUGUUUCUUCAAGAUCGAGGAAGUGGAAGUGGAUGUCGAGCACCUCAGGAUAGAGCUCAUUAAAUCCAACCACAAGCUUCUCUUCAAUAUCUUCAAGCCUCUGAUGCUGAAACUGCUGAAGCCUGGAGUACAAAGAGCUCUCGAGAAGACUAUCAAGGACCAGGCCACACGUCUAGACAAACUCUUAUUUGAGAUCAAGCAGGAGGCCGAUCGAGCGCUUGAGCAAGCCCGCGAAGACCCCAGGCAUGUGCCCAACUUUUACAAGCGGUACAUGACAGCCGCACAGAAGCGCAUUCUCCAGAGCAAGAAAAAGCGCCGGAAGAUUCUUACUGAUAAAAAGGUGAAUUAUGCCAUUACCCAGAAGGACAGCAUCUUUCCCGACGUACAUCUUCCAGGAGGAAUCAGUGCCAAAGCAACCGAAUACAAGGAAUUAGCGCUGAGGGGAGACAGUUGGGAGAGCCCCAUCUUCUCCGUCGGCAACGCUGCGAAAAGCCGGGAUAUUCCCCCUGCUCCAAAAGUAGUGCGGAAGCCACAUGCUAUCAGCAAGACGGCGGCUCUUAGUUUACGGGGUGGCAGCCCAGCCAGUCCGAAUCAAGGAGUAGGUACACCUCAGGAAGACUGGUUAUCAGCCAGCACUGCAAGUCAGAAUAUACUUUCCCCCUCUGCCCGCGCAAUGUCCCAGAGGGAGAAGUUUGAGGGGAAGAGUCCCUGA